AUGUAUGUGAUUGGUACAAAAGAGGGAAAUUCGGCACAAACCUAUUCCAGAAACCAGUUUAAAAUUUGUAAAGAAAAGUUCAUGUCUAAAGAAGGUGUUCCUGAUGUAACUGAUGUGCCAGGAAAUUGUCGGUUACUGGAGGCCAGGGGCUUAAGAGAUGUAACUGCAAAGGAAAAUGCUAUUCAAGAGAAUUCAGAUAAAAAAAAACUGAUACAUUAUACGCAAUUGGAAACACAACGAACCACCGUAAAUAAAUAA